GCGCGUUUGUUUCCGAAGUUGGUUGCCACGUAGUUGGAAUCGGAAGGAAUGAUUCAGUUUAGAUUUUUGAGAAUUGUAGGAUUUAGUGAGGUUUCAUUGUCGAAAUGAUUCUGUUUGCUGUUUGUUUGAUGCUGCCCUCGUUGUUUGUGUACGUAAAAGGUGGGAAGCUUCCUGAGCUAGAAGUUCAAAUUGAAGUUAUCCACAAACCCUUCAUAUGUAGCCGCAAGUCAAAAUAUGGAGACAUGCUUCUUGUUCAUUACGAAGGAUUUUUGGAGAGUAAUGCCACCAUGUUUCAUUCCAGUCGCAAACAAGGGGACCAGAAACCAGUAUGGUUCACUCUCGGGAUCAGAGAAGUGCUCAAGGGUUGGGACAAGGGUCUGCAGGACAUGUGCGCAGGAGAGCGCAGGAAACUUACCGUCCCUCCAUCUCUGGCUUAUGGCAAAGAGGGAAAAGGAAAAAUUCCUCCAAGCAGCACCCUCAUUUUUGACGUUGAGCUCAUGGAGAUCCGAAACGGCCCCCGCUCACACGAGUCUUUCCGGGAGAUGGACCUAAAUGAUGACUGGAAACUCUCCAGGCUAGAGGUGAAAGAGUAUCUGAGGAAGGAAUUUGAGAAACAUGGAUACUUGCCCAAUGACACAAAUCAUGAAGUGAUGGUAGAUGAUAUCUUCAAGAAUGAAGAUGAAGACAAAGAUGGUUUUAUAUCUGUCAGGGAAUUCACCUACCAACAUGAUGAACUCUAAAAGACAGGACCCCCACCCAAUUGUUUUUAGUUUUU